AUGGACAGAAUGUUUGGUCUGUGUAUACAGGGUGUACUAACGCCCACUAAUCAUACAAUGCUAUUCUUGAUAAAAAGCAAAAAUUAUGAGAAUACAGACACAGCAAAACAAAAUGCCAAAGAGGAACUAUCACUCGUACCAUCUUCUAGGGAUAAAUUUCAUUCUGAAUCGACUCUAUUUGAAAUGGUAAAUGUCUCGAAGAAUAUUAAACGUAAUCAUGAGCCUGAGAAUGAUGAAGAAUCUAUUGUCUCCAGACAAAAAAAUAGAAGACUCGAACUCGAUACAAAUCACUACAAAAAUGAUAAGAAAUUGAAUAUGUCCCACAAAAUUCAUUCAGCGCAAUUAAACAUAGAAAUUCCCAAAUAUAAUUUACGUGUGUUGAAAAAACCAAGAGAGUAUCUAGAACGUAAGGAACUCAAAAGUUGCAGCAUCGAUUCUGACGAAGACAAAUCUUUCGAGUUUAAAAAGAAGAAUAAGAAGAAGGCCGUGCAAAGAAUCUUUAAUUCGGAUUCAAAAAUAAUGACAGAAAAUUUAGAUUUUAAUAACAUUUUUGAAGCUUCAAAUGUACAAGAUUCAUAUAGUACAAGAAAAGAAAAAGAGAAAUUAAAACGUAAACGCAAUGGUUCGUCAAAUAUAGAUUCUUCGCUUGCAGAGAAGAGAUCAAAAUUGAAACGAAAACGAAUCAAGAAAAUGGCAUCUGAUAGUAAUAACAUUGACGUAGAAAUGAAGAACUUGCAAAGAUCUAUACCCGUUAAGGAUGGCCGCAAAAAUAUACGAAAAGUUCUGAAAGACAAGCAAGUGGCGAAAGAUACGAAACUAGUCGCUAAGGAAGAGCAAAAGAGACUUAAACGUUUCGUUGAACGUCAAGCUCUGUACAAUAAGAUAUAUGAGAUGAGACUUGCCAAUGAAGAAAAAGUGGACAAGCUCGUUCUAGAUUUCAAUACAAAAACGAAACAGGAGCUUGUUACUAUACAUGAGAAAUUGGUGAAGCAUCUUAAACCACAUCAAGCGCAAGGCAUCAAAUUUAUGUGGGACGCUUGUUUCGAGUCUCUAGAAAGAGUAAAGACUACAUCUGGAUCCGGAUGUAUACUCGCACACUGCAUGGGUUUGGGCAAGACGUUACAAGUGAUCGCUCUGACUCAUACACUUCUCACUCGCGAGACAAACAUCAAAACAGUACUGAUAGUUUGCCCACUAAAUACGAUACUUAAUUGGCUAAAUGAAUACGAUAUAUGGCUGAAGGAUUUGGACGAUAUCGAAGUGUACGAACUGACAAAAUUUAAGAAGAAUGUUGAAAGAAGAAAUGAACUGCAGAAAUGGCAAAAAACCGGUGGUGUUAUGAUCAUUGGCUAUGAAAUGUUCCGUAAUCUUACGAAUUCAAAUAAAAAGAUACGGAAAAAUAUGAAGAAUGUGAUGUUAGAAUGCCUAGUUGAUCCAGGUGCUGAUCUUAUUGUCUGUGAUGAAGGCCAUGUAUUAAAGAAUGAAAAUACUGCUUUAAGUAAAUGCAUGAAAAGCGUGAAAACAAUGAGACGCAUAGUACUUACUGGGACACCAUUACAGAAUAAUUUAAUAGAAUAUCAUUGUAUGAUGCAAUUCGUGAAACCCAAUCUACUAGGUACAAAGAAAGAAUUUUUAAACAGAUUUGUAAAUCCUAUAGAAAACGGUCAGUUUGACGAUUCUACUUCUUCUGAUGUUAAAUUAAUGAAACAACGUGCACAUGUGUUGCACAAAAUGUUAGAGGGUAGCGUACAGAGAUUUGAUUACUCUGUUCUUACACCGUUCUUGCCGCCCAAACAAGAAUAUGUUAUUUUUGUCAGACUGACAGACACGCAAAUUAAAAUGUAUCAAUAUUACUUGAAUAAUCUCGCCAAAUAUAGAGCUGGUCAAAAAGUUCAAGGUCUCUUCGCUGAUUUUCAAGCAUUACAAAGAAUCUGGACGCAUCCCGUAGCUCUACGUCUGAAUGCAGAGAAAAUAGAAAAAUUAAAUGAGAAAAAACUUGAAUUUUUAAGCGAGUCAGAGGGUUCGAUAACAGAUUUUAUUGAUGACAAUACUACCGAUACAGAGAAUACCAGCAACAGCGAUUCGAGUAGUGACAGUGACGUUCAGACGAGCGAUGGUGAAAAAGAUAAUACAUAUGUUCUUAGACGUAGUACAAGAAAUAAUCCUGUGGAAUCAGAGGAAGAAACUCCUAAAGUGGUCACAGAAUGGUGGUCACAGUUUGUACAACCCGAACAUUUUGAAGAUAUGAAAGUGUCAGCUAAACUAUUACUUCUUUUCGGAAUUUUAAAAGAAUGUGAACAGAUCGGUGAUAAAGUGCUCGUAUUCUCGCAAUCUCUAUAUUCUCUUACCUUAAUCGAGGAAUUUUUAAGAAAAAUAAACGAUCAGACUCAAAACGGUACACCCUGUGACACCCUCGAUAAUCAUAUCGGAAAUUGGUCCUUAGGACUUGAUUACUUUCGAUUGGAUGGUCAGACUUCAUCUAAAAAUCGAGAUAUAUGGUGUAAAAUAUUUAAUAGUCCCACCAAUACGAGAGCAAGAUUGUUCCUCAUAUCCACACGCGCUGGAGGAUUGGGAAUAAACUUAAUUGCAGCGAACAGAGUGAUUGUAUUCGACGCUAGUUGGAACCCGUCUCAUGACAUACAAAGUAUAUUUCGGAUAUAUAGAUUCGGACAAAAGAAGCCGUGCUACGUAUAUCGAAUUCUCGCUACGGGAACGAUGGAGGAAAAGAUUUACAAUCGUCAAAUUACGAAGCUCUCGCUUUCGUGUCGUGUCGUUGACGAACAACAGAUCGAACGGCAUUACACCAAUCAAAAUGUAAACGAGUUGUAUAUGUUUGAAGGGUAUGAUGAUAGAAAAAAAUCUGAGUUAAAUUUACCUAAAGAUAGACUACUAGCAGACAUAUUUCUAAAGUUGAAGGAUAUCGUGAAAAAUUAUCACGAACAUGACUCCCUAUUGGAAAACAAGGCUGAAGAGGAAUUGAAUGAAGAGGAACGCAAACAGGCUUGGUUAGAAUACGAAAAGGAAAAAGAAGAAAAAUCGUUAAUAAAUCCGAUGAUGAAAGCAACUUCAUUGAAUCAGGAUAAUAUGCUUUUACAGCAAGAUAUGAUGAUGAACUUUGUACUGUCUAGCACUCAAAAUAAAUUCGAAUAUAAAAAUCGCCAACAGCUUAUUCGUAAAGAACAACAUAUUUCGCAGUUGAAUAAAUUGCUUUCGGAGCAAUCAAUAAACACGAAUAAAUCUGCGCAAUUAAGCGAUAUACAGACUAAAAAUUUACUUCCAAAUCAAAAUACCUCGUCGACUGACAAUAUAGACGGAAACACUGAUAAAGAUAAUUUCUACUACAAGUAACACAAGAGUAAUACGUCAGAG